AUGGCAGAAGUCCUCUGCGGCGUCUGCAACGCAGAGCCCAAGAAGUACAAGUGCCCGACUUGUGCGCUUCCAUACUGCUCAUUAUCCUGCUUCAAGGCGCACAAAAAGACACAUUCCGACAAUACAGAGACCGCACCCAGACCAGCAGAGCCAACUCUCCCCCAACCACCACCUCCCGCCCCAAUACCACGAUACCUAAAGAAGCGCACCGACUUCUCCGUCUUAGCAACAAACCCGAAAUUCCAAACCCUACUCAAGACCCAUCCGACCUUACUGACUUCCCUCCAACGCGUCUACGCCAAGACUAUAAAACCAGAUCCUGAAGAUGAGCGGCGACGGCGCAUGCUGGAACGGAAUGCUUUCCGAGGACGGGGAACACGGGGAAGAGGCAGAGGGGGGCGAGGUGGUUGGAAUAGAAACGAAGAGAGGGAAGAGAGGUGGACCCAGAAGAAGGGAGACAAGGAUGCGAUGGCCGAGUUGAAGGGCAUAAGAGACGGACAAGGAAAAGACGGCGAGAAAGAUGCUAUGGCUGAGUUCGUUGAGCUGGUUGAAGAGCUUUUUGAUCAGCAUGAAAAGGAUGCUAUGGAAGAAGUAUGA